AUGAGAGCUAUUAACUUGUGCACCCUUCCCCUUUGCGAUCUCGACGUGCCCGCGGAUGACAGCCCACUUGCAACUUAUACGUUUCGCAAUCUGUUCUUCUGCAACCGAGGCGACGAUGCGUCUCACGCGGUGUGGUUCCAGAACCGUCGCGCGAAGUGGCGCAGGCAGGAGAAGAUGGAAGCGGCUCGGCUCGGCCUCUCGGAGUACGGUUGCGCCCCGGUGCCCCGUCUCUCGGCCCUGGGUCUGCCUGUGGACCCCUGGCUCGCCCCGCCCCUCCUCACCGCUCUGCCGGGUUUUCUCAGCCACCCGCCCUCCGGCUACCCGAGCUACCUCACCCCGCCGGCGCCCGCCGCCGCGCCCUCUCCCGCUCCUCCGGAUCCGAGAUCCUCCUCCAUAGCCGCGCUUCGCAUGAAAGCCAAGGAGCACGUCGAGAGCCUCACUAAAGGACUGCAAAUGGUUUAG